CAGGAUACAUCUGUAACAGUUUCUAAGAAUCUUCAAAGCAGAAGGAAGCAAGAUGAAGUGGGCUGUCGUUCUCUGUGCUUUAGUUGCUCUCACAGAGUGCAUGCACAAGGUCCCUCUGUAUAAGGGUAAAUCUGCAAGGGAAACUCUGGAAGAGCAAGGCUUGCUCGACAAAUUCUUGAAGAAACAUCCAUACAACCCAACUGCCAAAUUCAACUCUGUCUUUGCCAGGGCCUCAAGCAAGACCCUUACCAAUGACUAUGAUCUGUCCUACUUUGGAGUCAUCUCCAUUGGAACCCCACCCCAGUCCUUCAAAGUCAUCUUUGACACUGGAUCUUCCAACCUCUGGGUGCCCUCUGUCUAUUGCAAGAGCCAACCCUGCACCAACCACAAGACAUUCGACCCAAGCAAGUCCUUCACCUUCAGGUCUACCUCCAGGACUGUCGCCAUCCAGUACGGUACUGGAGCCAUGACUGGCAUCCUGGGAUACGACACUGUGACUAUUGGCAGCAUUGUUGACAAGAGCCAGGUCUUUGGAUUGAGUGAGACUGAGCCUGGCAGCUUCCUCUACUAUGUUGCAUUCGAUGGAAUCCUUGGGCUUGCCUACCCCUCCAUCUCCUCCUCUGGAGCCACCCCAGUGUUUGACAACAUGAUGAACCAGGGGCUGGUGUCUCAAGAUCUCUUCUCCUUCUACCUGAGCCGCGAUAGCCAGGCGGGCAGUGUGGUGACCUUUGGUGGCAUUGACCCAUCUUACUAUACUGGCAACAUCAACUGGAUCCCUGUCACUUCUCAGACCUACUGGGAGAUCACUAUGGACAACAUUACUGUCAGUGGCAAUGUGGUUGCCUGUUCUAGUGGCUGCAGGGCUAUUGUAGACACUGGCACCUCCCUAGUAAUUGGGCCUAUGAAUGAUAUUGCCAACAUUCAGAGCUCGGUGGGUGCCUCCAGGGGACAAAAUGGAGAGUACACUGUGAACUGCAACAUUGCCAAGAGCAUGCCUGAGGUCACUUUCAAUAUCAAUGGAGUUCCGUUCACCCUGCCUUCUACUGCCUAUGUUUUCCAGAGGACGUCUGGCUGCUCUUCUGGCUUUGGGCAGGACUACAAUGACCUCUGGAUCCUGGGAGAUGUCUUCAUCAGGGUAUACUACUCCAUCUUCGACAGGGGCAACAACAGGGUGGGACUUGCCCAGGCUGCUUAAACGAACAGCUAGCCAAAGAAUAAUACACCCUCCCCAUUAGUGGUGAAAUGUAAUCACAGGAUUUCUGAGGGUGAUGUUCCACCAUUGAUGUUUGGAACGUACAGCUUAGCAAUCAGGUUAGCAACACAGUAGUCCUUUAUACACACAGGUAUUUUGAUUUUUUAAGAAUUAAUGUAACAAUAAAUAAGGUAACACACGUUUUAAUAGUUCUUUAUAGAUUGUGAAGUAAAAUCGGGUAAUUUGUGUAUCAGAAUGCAGGAAAAUGGCGAUUUGUAAACAAUGUUCAUAAGAAAAUGUAUUUUUUUUCACCUGCCUUAACAUAAUACAUUGAUUCUAGCAUUACAA